AUGGCCCCUUCAAAGUGGAUUGCCGCUGUUCUUGCAGGCUACAUUUCUGGACUUGCGCUUGCAGCCCCCACCAGCACAUCGGAGUUCGUGAAGCGUGCAAAUGUUGACGAUUCUGCGACGGGUUUUGCUAGCCAAAACGGAGGUACAACAGGAGGUGCUGGCGGCACUACAACCACCGUGUCUUCUUACGCAGCUUUCACCAAAGCCGUCUCGGGAGGCGAUGCCAAAGUAGUGGUUGUCAGUGGAACAAUCACCAAGACUGCUGAUCAAGCUCGUGUGGGCAGUAACACCAGUAUCAUCGGCAAGAAUUCGGAUGCUAUUUUGGAGAACUUUGGAAUGUUUGUUACUUCUUCCAACGUUAUCAUUCGCAACUUGGGCGUCAAGAAAGUGCUUGUAGAUAACGGGGAUGCAAUUGGCAUUCAGUACUCCAACAACGUCUGGGUGGAUCAUUGUGAUGUGACGUCCGACAGAGAUCACGAUAAGGAUGAUUACGAUGGCCUCAUCGACAUCACACAUGCCUCCGAUUAUAUCACUGUAUCGAAUACAUUCAUUCACGAUCAUUGGAAAGCAUCCCUGAUUGGACUCGGACAACAACGGUGA